AUGGGAAACGUGAUGGCUAUCAAUCCAGCUGAUGAGCCGAGGACGCAUAUGUUCAUCUGGAAUAAUAUUUUCUUCAGUCUGGGUUUUGAUGUCAAGGAUCACUAUAAGGAACUUGGAGGUGACGCAGCUGCUUUCGCGGCAACCUCGGCUGACUUACAAGGCGUUCGAGCUUACGCUGCACUUGACAACUGCAAGCUAUGUACCUUAGGAAUGGCGAUCAUCGAUUAUAGGGGAUACCGUGUCACCGCUCAAAGUAUCAUACCAGGGAUUCUGGAUAAAGAGCAGGAGCAGUCAGUCGUGUAUGGCUCCGUAGAUUUCGGUAAAACAGUCGUUUCAUCGGAAAAGUACCAUGAACUUUUGGAGGCUUCAGCAAAGGAUCUGAAAUUGUUGCCUCAUGAAGUUGUUAUCGACGAGGAAGGAAACACUGCAAAAUUGUUACAUCGCCAAGCCUCGCUUGUAUGCAAUUCAUUAAAACUGCUGCCAAUCACGUCAGACAACAUAUUGCUGCGAACAAGGAAAAUCAAGAAGCACCUCCGCACGUUGCAUCACUCGCCAGUCGCACCAAAAGCACUAGUAGAAGUUAGCGAAGGCCGAGAACCUCUUACAAACUGUGGAGUGAUUAAAGAAGCCUUAGCUAAGGCUGCGGAAGCUGUGCAUUCAUUGCGACCUGACACGUUUGAUAUUCGCUUCAACCCUGACUGUUUCUCAUCUACGGUGAAGCAUGCACCUGGAGAGGAUCUAGAAAAGCAAAGACGUCUUGUCAUUGAGGUCGCGGAGUUCAUGUUGACUUCACAAUUACCGGAAUUUGUGGCUAGUUGUGUUGAUGCUACCGUUACUCCUAUUGACGGUGAAAGUCUCUGUGACCUAAUGCAUACUCGUGGAAUCAACGUGCGGUACCUAGGAGAUGUUGUGCGAACGGUGCUGGAAACUGGUCCAUCGUCUUACAUGGUCCCACUAGCUGUCACUGAGCUCGUGUCACGUUGCGCAAAGCACGUGCUGAGACAGUACAUGAACACAUUACCUCAGGAGCAAUUAGGAUGCGCAAUAGCUCAUCUUCUGAAUGCAGUAUUCGGAAAUUUAUCAUCCGACCAUACAACUGGUGGAAAUGCUGAGCGAAAUACAAAACGAGUGAGCGAUCAUUCUGAACGUAAUAAAUUUCAAUCUUACACGACUUCAAUUCUAUUCAUUCAGAAUAGUAGAAAGUCUAAGAAGACGUCGGCAAGUGGGGAGUGGGUGUCUGUCAACACUAAAGAGUUUUGGAAUGCUGUUUGUCAAGAAGCCAAGAACUAUUAUGCUUUUGAUCUCAAGGUGGACUGCGUGGACGCCGUCGUGGAGCAGUAUGGUGUGCAGAAAAUUUCAUUGUUACGCCGUUUGUGUAGCACCCUGGGAAUUCAACUUGUAAACAAGGACUACCAGCUAGACACAUCGUCUACACGCUCCCGUCAGCCGUUCUCUGAAGAUGAUAUACAGAACUUGAUUCCCGUUACUAAGCACAGACAGCCAUGCGCAACUGAUGCUAAGAAAUUAUUCACUCGUGGUCAACAAGCUAUGCAAGUUGGACACUUACGCGAAGCUUACGAAUGCAUCGCAGAAUCGGUGAAUUUGAUGACUUCCGUAUAUGGUGCUUUACAUAGCGAACUCGCUCAAGCACUUCGUCUUUUGGCUCGUCUUUCAUAUAUACUUGGUGAUCCGACCGAGGCAGUUGCUCAACAGCAUCGAGCCGCGUUGAUGAGCGAACGCUGCAAUGGAAUCGAUCACGCGUAUACAAUUAUCGAAUACAUCAAUCUCGCUCACUUUGCAUUUUCGAAUCUCUACAUACCUGCUGCCCUAAGAUUGCUCUACCGUGCUCGAUACCUUUUGCUCAUUGCCCAUGGAGAGAAUCAUCCUUUGAUGGCUCAAAUUGAUGGAAAUAUUGGUGUCAUUUUAUUUGCUGUCCAUGAGUUUGAUACCGCUCUACGUUUCUUACAAUCAGCAGAAACUGUAAUGUCAGCUAACGGAGAGCCCAAGCGUCUCAAGUCUGCUCUAGUGCAGCACAUCACUGCCCGUGCACAUGCAUCUCGCGGAGAUUUCCGAGCUGCUUUGGCUGCUGAAAAGGAGACUUAUUCAAUUUACAAUAAUCUCUUCGGUCCUGAACACGACAAGACAAAGACACUAAUUCCGUUUUCUUUCUUCAGGAAUCGAGCGAAUACCUCAGUCAAGUUGACGAUGCAGGCGGUUGCUUUCCAAAGAAAAGUGAUGGAUGCGACUAAAGGCAACUCUGUUGGGCCGCUGCUGCCUGCGCAGCUCCCUCAACCGUCACUAUCUUCGAUCCUCGAUGUAUUGAAUAUUCUCAAUGGCAUCAUUAUUAUCUCGGUCGGCAGCAUGCCUAGCGCUACUGAAAACGCAACGGAAACCCCUGAAAGCAAACCGACCACAGAAUCGCUCGGAAUGACAGAUGAGGCUCUUGAUUAG